AUGGCCACGGAACGAUCUCUGGCCACGCUGCUGCGGUCGCUGCAGGCGACUUCUAGCUUCCAAGAUGCCGCUGCUCUUCUUCCCACUGCUACUAGUUUCCUGUCAAUGCUGGGGAAUCCCCUGAAUCUGACACUCCUUUCGUCACAACUCCUUACUGCGCCUUCACUCUGGAGCCACCCUGUCGACCUUCAAUCCUGUCGCAAGAUCCUCAGCGUCUUCAACACCGCCGCCAUUGCUGUCUUGCAGAAUGAUACUACCGACGAACCACGGAUACCAUACGGGCGGAAUAGGAAGAUCGAGUAUGAGGCGUGGGUUAAGGCGGUCGCCGAGGGCGCUGACGAUAAGUCCCCGCGGUGGAGGCACACGCUUCUGCUGGGCGGUAUCUUGAUGGGAUUCGAGGGACAAAACCGACGGGGCUUACCACGGCAUAUUCGGGUGAAGCUCGAGUCAGCGCUUGCGAGGGCGGCGCAAUUAGCACUCGAGGAGGUUGGCACCGAGCCUGGGAUUGAUGGACAGUGCAUCACUAUGGUCUUGAACUACACUUUCGAGCUCCUGUCAGAUCUCGAGCGGAGCAAGCUCGAUUAUGAUCGAUUGCUUCCGGCGAUGAUUCAGUCGGCAUACUUGUCUUCGGAGGGCCUCGAGGGUGGUUACUUUUUGGGAUCUAUUGAUCAGGAUGUCGUUGAGGCUCCUGGGAAGCAGUUUCGCUGGUCGGCCAACUCCCCCACGUUUGGUAUUGUCUCAGCGGUAGCUGCUCGCCCGCUUGUGUCCACACUGGGGCCUUUGUCUCGUCUUAUCGCACAUUCUGUUGAUAAUGUUCGAGAUCCGAGAAUUGUGGCGCAGACUGUUGAUUACCUAGCGGGCUUCGUUCGGACGCUCAUGGUUCAAUGGCGGCAGAACAAAUUGUCUGAGAUUGAUGUUGCGGAAGAAGCAGAAUUUCUAGAUGCUGAAUCCCGGGAAACCACCCUUCCUGCCCUCUGGAAGAUGUUGCGGAAUUGCUUAUAUUCGGUGGUUAUCACCCUUCGGGCAGUGUUGGGGAGAACUAUCAAUGACCCGGCUCUUGCUGCCAGCAGUAGUGAGUUACAGACCAGUCAUGAAACUUGCCUUGUACUAACCAUGCUACUUCCAGGUGCCCCAUACCUAUCGAUGCAAUGCCUCCACAUACUUCGCAACCUGUAUUUCAUCUCUUCUCGGCUUGGCCAGAAUGCAUCAUCGCAGCAGACAUUCGUGCUGUUGGCAGCCAUAGACAUCCUUUCACAAUACCCUGUUCUUGCCGAGAACUUCCUGCGAAGCAUUAAGCCAAGCGAUAUUGGUCAAAUUCCUGCUCACCCAGUUGAACGAUGUUUGGAUCUUUUCUUCUUGAAUGUGGCAGAGCAUUUCCCUCUUGUCUUAUCCUCAGAAACGAACGAGGAACUAUUAUUGUCCGCCGCUUUCCCAUAUCUUGCAACCGGUGCUAACCGCCUUCUGUUGGAGAUUUUCGAAGCUGCCCACAGCCUGGUGCUUGUUGUCUUCGCUAUUCCCCACAACUCGGAAUUAGCUGCCAAACACCUGCCUUUCUAUAUUGAAAAUCUUUUUGCCGUAUUCCCCAAUAACCUUUCCGCGCGCCAAUUCCGUCUCGCUUUCAAGACAGUCAUCCAAAUUACAGCACCUCCUUCUCCUCUAGCAAAUAGCCAGCCCCUUCUCCCCUCCAUCUUACUGGAAGUUGUUCAUGACCGUGCUUUGAACGCUUCCUCAACACCGCUCCCUCCGCAGGGUCCAAAUCCAGACAUGAGCCAAAGUCCACCUAUCUCCGAACAGGCUGUCCUGACCCUGGCUCUGAUCGAUUCCCUUUCAUUCCUCCUAGUCAAUGAUCUGAAAGAAUGGCUUCCCUUGGCAGCCCAAUUGAUCAACGCAAUCUCCGACCGCAAUAUGCGACAUGCUUGUAUCGAGCGUUUCUGGGAAGCUCUAGCCGGUGGCGAGAUGGAUGUUGAUCGAUCCCACUGCUGUGUUACAUGGUGGAGCACCGAAGGUGGGCGUGAGCUUGUCCUUUUCGGCGCCGAGACCGCCCCGGGCGAGUCAGACGAGAGUGGACCUUACAUGAGUGGCGCGGUGGGAGGAGUCGCGCCUGAAAGUAAGCUAUAA